AUGAGUGCCAUGACUCUAAAAUCAUUUCUAGUGCUGGAAGUACUGGUAGUUUUAAUAAACGCUUCUGAACCUGCUUCUAAUACACCUCCGGUUGCAAAUGGAUCCCCUCCAGCAAAUGGUCCUCCAGCAGCAGGUUUUAUUCCUGCUGAUAAGUACCCUAAUGCCAAAAGAGACGAAUCAGUGGAGGACACAUAUCCGGGAAAUUUGAAGGUAAAAGAUCCCUACAGGUGGUUGGAAGAUUCGAAAAAUCCGGAUACAAGAAAAUUCAUCGAAGACCAGAUGGCCAUUACCAAACCAUACUUAGAAAGUUGUCCAAUCCGCGCUGAAUUGCAAGCUCGUUACAAAGAAUUAUACGACUAUCCUAAGUACUCGGGUCCUAUUGAAAGAGGCAAAUAUUUCUUCACUUUUCGAAAUACUGGAUUACAAAAUCAGGCCGUGCUUUACAAGUCAGAUUCCAUGAAAGAUGAAGGUAAACCAUUUAUUGAUGUGAAUGAGCUUAGUAAAGAUGGAACUGUUACUAUGGGUACCUAUACAUUCACUGAUGAUGGGAAACUUGUCGCAUAUUUGCUGGGUUCUACGGCAACUGAAUGGAAAACAGUGCACUUUAAGGAUGUAGAAAAAGGUACCGAUUUACCUGACAAGUUGGAAAAAGUUAAAUAUACUGAGUUGCUAUGGUCAAUGGAUUCUAAAGGCAUAUUCUACGCGGGAUACCGUGAUGAAAACGUCAAAACGGAUGGUUCUUCAACAGAUCCGGUUAAAAAUCAAAAAUUAUACUAUCAUUUGCUUGGAACUGAACAGAAGAACGACUUGGUGAUCGCAGAAUUUCCAGAUAACCCCGAUUACACACUGGUUGCUUCUAUCAGCGAUUGCCGCAAAUAUAUAAACAUAGCCGUGUUUGACGGUUUUAUUAAAAAUUUGGUUUACGUGGCUGAUAUCAGUACAGGAAUUACAGCAAAGCCCCAACUUAAGCCUAUUGUUACAAAAAUGGAAAACAAUUACAAUUAUGUGGCCAAUGAUGGAACUCGGUUCAUGUACCAUACCAAUAAAGACGCCGAUAAUUAUAAGCUUUUGGUAAUCGAUAUCGCAAAUCCCGAUCCUGGAUCGUGGAAAGAUCUGGUAGCAGAGGAUGAGAAGAAUAACUAGGAUUGGUGCUAUGCUGUGCAU